AAUUAUAUAUAUAUUUUUUCAUAUGAAGCAAGUGGCACAGCUAAAGAGAAACAAGAUAUGAUUGCAGAAUUGAAUGUUAUGAAGAGAUUGAAGCCUCAUCAUGUCUUGAAGCUUAUCGGCUGCUGUAGCAUCAGCGGUAAGUCAGUAAUAUGACACUAUGGAGCGUACACUUCGGCAUCGUGGCUGUGGAAUCAAUUGUAAAUGCAGAGGAAUAGUAAGAAAUGAUAUAUGGUGUGAGUAAAGUGUCAAUUUGUGAAAUUAUGGGAUUUGUCAGGAUAUUCUGAAAAGAGCAACGUCCAAGAGGCCUACUAUUCAAAAACUAGCAUUUCGGCCCAGUUAUGCUUCGAUGACUCUAUACAAAUCCUUUUAAACUUGACUCGGGUCCUAACGUUUAAGUCUCUCUCUCUUUUUUUUUUUUUUUUUUUUUUUUUUUUUUUUGCAUCAGCCUUUAAAAACAGCAUAACAGUCUCAUGUAAUGAUUAAAGAUAUGUAACGCAUGGUUAAGGAGUCAAUUACGUUGAGCAUGGAAUUGGCUUAUAAAACUUGAUGUUACGAGUUCGACUGUUUUGAAGGGUGGUCGGACUAACACAAGUAAGUUUAAUACCAAAGGAACAUAGUCUUUACAGAGCUUUAAAACACAGCAUCCGGCAACAGACACUUGACUUGAACUUAAGUAAAACUAACCAGCCUCUGCCAAUAGUAACAAACUGUCACUUGAACUUCAAAAAUCUUACGGCCUCCGCCAACUUUUAAGGCGCACAUAACCUCAGAUCGUCAGGUGGGAUUUUGCUAGCAUCGUCAACAUUUAGAACUAAGGUCACACUAGGCGAUAGGUUGCUCUACAGCGUGAGCUUCGCGAUAUUCAUAACUUGCAUACUUUUAAGAGCAAUCUUAAGACGUCGCUUGUUAAGUUUGCUUAUGGUUAAAUGAACUUUAAUUGUUACAUAUCGAUAUUUUAGAUUUUUUAUGGUGGAAAGGGUAUAUAUUCCUAUUGUUUUGCUUAUUGUAAAUAGGUUUGUAGUUUUUUGUUUUUUUGUGUUGUUUUGUUUUGUUUUGUUUUUUUUUUUUUUUUUUCAUGCUUUUGUUACUAAAAUGUAAUGCGCAUUUGAUCAUUUUAAUAAAUACCUGCGCAAUAUAAGUAAUUAAAUUAUUCAGUUAUUAUUAUUAUUAAACACGGAACUUGAAAAUCGACCUUCGUCACACUUGACUAAACAUAGCACUCCAGCUCGUGGGAAAAAAACUUAGUUCGUUAAAACAACUCGCUUGGAACUUGUAUAUCGUUUCACGUAAAGAAAUAGCUUCUCAACAUAUUUUGAUUUCAGUAACUAAUGCAAAUCUGCUGAUUCAUGGUGAAAUGUAAACAUGCCCUAAUCGAUUAUUCAUGAAUGAUCUAAAAACGUAGAGAACGUUCGAGAAAGUCACGCAAUGCAUGACAGCAGUUUUGCUACGCAACACUCAACAAAGACUAAACGUCUUUAUAGAGCAUUUUUGUAACUUUAAAUUCAUCAUAAAACAGUUCGAAACGAGAAAGGAGCGCUCACUAGUGAGUGUUUUUCAACACUCGAAGAGAAAUUUGUGUCUCUGCGUGGCCAAGUAAUAUCCUCCAUUUAUUCCUCGAGUAAAUUAAAGGCUAAACUCGAAGUAAUCGGGCAAGAUAUCUCGAAGUAAUUCCGGUCCCAUUUCGUGAAAUAGCCGAAACAAGCCAAAAAGUCACGAACUUGCGUGCCCAAUCUUGUCCCGAAACUAGCGUUUGAAAAAUAGCUAAGAAAUUAUGCACUAUCUACUUUGGGUAGCAGUGGCGCAAGCCAAAAUAAUUUUCUUUCUUCCUCGAAUAAGUUAAAAAACAAAUCAAAGAAAUCGAAGUGAUCUCUUGAUAUCUCGAACUAAUUCGGCUCUCAUUUGUCAAAAAGGUGAAUAAAACCGAAGACCUACAGACUUUACGAGCUCAAUUUUGUCUCAAAAAAAGCAAGUUUGGGACUUUGGGACAUUCCUGAGCGUCGCGAAUCCUUUACUCCGCGCUCCGCCGAAGUAAAAAGGGUUAGCUUUUUCGUCUUCCUUCGGUGCCGCAAAUUUCUACGACGAAGUCAGGGUUCGAGGUUGUCCGUUAUAGUGAGAAGUGAUGCCAAAUGAGUGGAUGGAAAUUGAUCGAUUUUUUUGAUAUACAAAUCAUGUCCAGUGACAUACAAAUCGUGUCAAAGAGAAAGUAAAAUCAACUAUUAAAACUGAUUCUUAAGUCGUGGCACAAGCCCAUUAAUAACAUGGAUUUACAAAGAGAUAGGAGUUGCUCUUACUGAAAAGAAAAAAACAGCAUGCAAACCACUAAGCUGAAACUUAGGUCAUGUUAGGCCCCUUUCAAACGUGGAAUUUCUUAUGAGAGCCUAACACCUAUUUUAGUCGGUGAAAAUAACUAGAUACGGCAGUUGAUUUAGACGUCAGAUAUAAUAGUGCUAAAUUUAGCUACGUUUGUUGUAAAUAUUCCCAGUAUCUAGAAAAAAAAUGUUAUUCAAUACGGAUAAGGGUUUCUAUAAUUAAUGCAUUAUAUCCGGCACAUGUCAAAUGCGACUUCUAAGUCAAAUGUUGAACCUAAGUCGAAUCUUCGACUGUUUCAGUCGCAGAUUCGGCAAAGUCGUAUUUAAUUUGAAACUGUCGAAUUUAGUUGAUUCAGACGUCGCAUCUCAAAGCAGUUACCUCUUGAAUUAACUUAGACACAUGUGAAAUUCGACGUUUGAACUGGGUAAUGACAAUGUCCAGUAUUACUAAAAAAUACCGGUAGAUACAGUGUACGCUAUGAUACAUACGGCAUUUUUUAUAUUCCUGUAAACUUUGCUUUCGAUUUACCACAUUAUGUUACUAGCUAUAUGCACCACACAAGUAAAAAAGAAAAAGAAAAAAAAAAUAAGGUGACGAAAAUUUGCUUCAAGGGGAUUCGAAACCGGACGUUAACGCCUCUAUCCACCGGACCACCUCGGUAAAAGCUGACGAUUCAAGUUUAAAAGAGGUAUAAAUUCCUUCUCUAUGGUGAUUGACAGUUUUCAAGGAUGACGUUUUCGUUUUAUUUUUUUCUUUCUAAUUUCCGUGUAGAAUUAAAUCUUUUACUAAUCGAAGCUAGAUGUAAAGCUCAAGAUAAACCCAUUUAUAUUCUUUCAGGCUUGGUCCAUGCCGUGGAACGUUUAAGAAAUUUAUGAACUAUGGAUCGCACGGCUACCGACUGAACCGUAUGACCGUACGAUUCUCUCCCUACUCGUAAGGUGUAUUUUCAUCGGUCGGGGAAAACAAUAAGACAACAUUGUUUAUCAUUAUUUCCAUAGUUUUAGGUUAGCGUAGCAAACCAUUUGGUUUUUAGGUUUAGAAGAGCUGCUACAUGAUCUCUCUCCCCGGAAUAAAGAAAAACAAUAUGGUCGCCAAAUACAUCCUUUCUCCUUUAUUAACAAACGUUGAACAUUUAUUUCGGCAAACAAACAGUUAUGAUGAAAAAGGAUUUUACAAAAGUCUCAAAAGUAGGUCUCCUUUUCGAUUUUAACUUGCAAUGAGUCGGUCAAUUUACGCAACUUUUAAACUUCUGGCUCAGUUUUUUGCUUGCCUUUGCUUUAAAAAUGGAAUAAUAAUUACUCAAGGACAAUGCAGUGUAAAGCACUGUUGAGAAAAACAAAAAAAACUUGCCAAUUUAAGAACGAACUAAAAGAAUUCAAAACGCUUUGAUCACGUGACUGAUGAAGUUAUGUUCCUCUUUUGGUCAAAAAAAAAAAAAUUAUCAGGUAGAACAUUACUUUCCUGCAAAUUUCCUCUGCCUUCUGAUGAAAGGUUGACUCUCUACAGCUCUCGGCCUAGUCUCCCGACUUGUUCGCUCAUGCUCAUCACGCGCUCAAAUUUCAAAUGCCGGACGUCAACUGGUUACUUUUAAAUGCCCAACACAUCUAAAACCUCAAAUAUGCUAUUUGUCACAGCAAAAAAAAGCCUAAUUCGGCGAUAGUCACGUGACUGAUGACGUCAUUACUUUAAAUGUGACAUGGGAAGAUAUUGUAUGGCAAAUAUUAUCUUGUUGUGGUCUGUCAGUCUUCUACGUAUAACAUUGUCAAAGUUAUAAGGCUUUUUAAAAAAUGCCUCAAAGGAUUCUGGGAGAUUUUUUAUGACAAUUACUUUUAUAAUUUUUUUUAUUUUUACUCUAAGGCUCAUAGGUUGCACUUUGCACCCUAUGCAGCUACUUAAGCUUCAGUCAACCAGUUGUGAACUCUGCUAUAAUAAUUUCAAGUCUGUCAGUCUUCUACGUAUAACAUUGUCAAAGUUAUAAGGCUUUUUAAAAAAUGCCUCAAAGGAUUCUGGGAGAUUUUUUAUGACAAUUACUUUUAUAAUUUUCCAUUUUUACUCUAAGGCUCAUAGGUUGCACUUUGCGCCCUAUGCAGCUACUUAAGCUUCAGUCAACCAGUUGUGAACUCUGCUAUCAUAAUUUCAAAAAAAAUGCUACUUGUGUUGUGAUUGGUUGCUGCCCAUGAUCUGGUAGAGUAUGUCACAAGGACACCGUCACGGGCCGAAUAUCUCUUUGUUGUUGUAUUGUCCAACAUGUGGCUUGGUUUGAAAUAUUUGUCAAGAUAUUUUUCUUCGAACUGAGCUAGUGAAUUAAGGCCUCGAUCUCAAUCGUUAAUGCAAAACUUUCCGGGGCAGCGCCUAUUAAAAUUAUUUUGUCUUCAGAGUGAGUUGUUGCCAACCACUUGUUAGGACAGCGUCAUUACUGCAGUGUUAACUCACCGUAAGUGGCUCGAAUUUAUCGGCCUAUGUAAAAAAAUAUCAGUAUGUAUUGGAAUUAACUUUUUGAAUGCGCACACUGCCCUUUGAUAUGACUCUUACAUACUGGGAUAGUCGAUCCGCAAAGUGUCUUUAAAUAAAUUACAUUAAGAUAAAGAUUUUCUCGACAAAUUAUUAAAUAACUUAUACGCUUUCAGGUCCCAUUCAAAUCGUUGUGGGGUAUUUGCCAUAUGGCGAUCUACUGGGAUAUCUGAGAAAGAGCGGAGGAUAUUCAGACAGCUAUAACACAGGAGAGAAGAAACCCGCAUCCAAGCUCACAGCGAAAGAUCAUUUGUCCUUCGCAUGGAUGAUAGCUGAUGGAAUGCAGUACUUAGCCACAAUUAAGGUAAUCUGCAACAAUAGCCUACUCAAAGUGCUUUUGCUUAACACCUCAUAAUAGGAACGCACAAAAAUAUCCCCGUUUCGAUUUCUGAAAGUUCAACUCAUUCUGUUGUCCUUUUCCUUUUAGAACACCACUGUUAUGGCGCAAUUAUAAAUACCGGUCUCUCUCGUUUAGGUUACCUUUCUGACAUAUUCUAUCCCUUUCAGUUAUAAGAAAACCCUCCACAAAACCAAAAAUGUUAUGAAACUUCCUUGGAUGCAUGUUUCAGUUUAAGGGGAGUUUCUCUACCUUUGCGGCUUCUUGGAAGCUAAAAAACCUAUAUUGCCACACCUAGAGCUUCCUAAUUAUUUUUUUAUUAAUUAUUCUGUUUGUUGGUUGGUUUGUUUUAACUUUUAGGUCAUUCAUCGUGAUUUGGCUGCUCGCAACAUUCUUGUCGGCGAAAACCAAGUGUGCAAAAUUUCUGACUUUGGACUUGCCCUUGACGUAAAUGAUGACAUUUAUGUGCGCACAUCACAGGUAGAAUUUAGUCUCCUUUAUGUUAUAGUUGUUGCCUGUACUGGGUUAAGCUAGAAAAAAAUUCUGAAAACAAUCUAAAAGAAAAACGACUAUUCGCCACAUUUUUUUACAGGGUCCAGAGGAGUUUCGUUUGAAUAAAUGAAUUACUUAUUUUAAGUCUCAAAAAAGUCUCGCUUAGCACUAAUCUACUGUAAACGAUUUCUUCGCUUCUUAUCUGACCCAGAUCGACUUUGUUGUUCGCCAUUUUGAAAAUCAAUAACCGCAAGCCAUAUCCUCGCUGGCGCACGGCACGUCUCCUGAAGGGUGACCAAAGGCCGUCGCCCGAAGGGCGACCGAGGCACGAAGUGCCGAGUAAAAAAAGUAUUUUAUACUGUAAGCGGAUCUUCCGAGCCCUCAGUCUCUUGGUUUGCGGUCUAUAGAAUGUGUAACGAAACUGUAACGCGAUCAAAAUAACCCAUUUUUUCAGAGGCUUUCGACGGGUUUUGAUGUUCUAACGACAAACACAUCUCCUCUGGACCUUGUGAUUUUUUUUUUCUUGUUCGUUUGCUUAUUCAUCUGACAACGCUCUUCUUCUUUUCUUUGCGAAAGGCUCGACUUCCAGUCAAGUGGAUGCCUCCAGAGUCUCUCUUUCACAGUGAAUCCAGCACCAUGAGUGAAGUGUUAGUAGCCACAUUUUAGAUAGUCUGCGUAGUAAAUUACUAUAAAAUAUGCCGUGCUUUUUAAUGACCUAGCCAUUUUUUUUCUGGACCAUGCGUAAUUGUAACAAACAAAAUGAGCACUUUAGACAUUUUAACUGAUGGCCGUCCCUUGUAUGGUUUACGUAUCUAGUGGGUCCUAUUGUGAGUUGUGUUAACGUAGAAAGAUCUUGAGACUCCCCUUGCAAGUGAGAGCCGAAAUCAUUUCCGUGUUUAAAGUUUUUUUUUUUUUUUUUUUUUUUUUUUUGGUUUCUGAUCUGUGCGAUAAUCAUUAUAGAAAUAAGGACUUUUUAAUGAAUUCUCCAUAACCAAUGAACUACCCAAGGCAAAAGGAAUUUUAUGUGGUACUUUUUAUAGACCUCCGUCACAAUCUGAUUUCCUGAAUCCUUUUCAAGAGGUUCUUGAGCUUGCAAACGCUGCGAAUAAGGAAACAUUGAUCACACGAGACUUUAAUUUCAAUUUUCUGGAUGCAUCCUCUUCCAAUUCAACAAAAGACUUGAAAAGAAUUCUCUCCGGUUUCAAUUUGAAACAACUGAUUAAUAAAGCGACGCGAAUCACAUAGGAAAGGUCUAUCCUACUUGAUUUGUUUGCUACUAAUAUUCAUAAAAAUAUUACUCUUGCUAAAGUUAUUCCAUCCACUUUAAGUGAUCGCGUGCUCGAAUCGAAUGCAGAAAUUUUUCAAACUAUGUCCAAAUGGCUUUCAGUGAGGAUUUGAAGAAAUUUUCCUGGGAUGAUUUUUACAGUGAAAGGGAUGUAAACUCCUCUUGGUCGAAAUGGAAGGAGUUAUUUCUAUCAGUUUGUAAUAAACAUGCUCCUAUUCGCCAUAAAGUGUUGAGGUGAAUUAAAUGUCCAUGGUUAACAUCUACAACAAAGAAAACUUAUGAAUGAAAAUGAUUCUUUUCUAAGGAAAGCGAGGAAAACUGUAUCUGAGGUCGACUGGGAUAGACGUAUUGGUAAUUACGAAAUCAAAUUUCCAACAGGGUCAAAAUUGAGAGGCGUCGUUAUCAGGGAAAUGAAGUUCAGGAUAAUUUGGCCAACCCGAAAUCAUUUUGGAGAGCUAUGAAGAGCAUUUUCCCAAACAAAGAGAGAAAAUCUUCGACCGUUCACUCUAUAAUAACGGAUGAGGGUGAAAUCAUCACUAGUAAAUCAACUAUUGUGGAGAAAUUUAACAUCUUUUUCACGAACUCUGUUUCCAAACUCCUGGAAUCCAUUCAAACAACUACCGUUCUUGGUCUCUCUGAUGAAAAGUUUACUAAUGAAAGUUUUUUGCUUCAACCAGUUUCCCAAAAUCUUAUUUUUAAGCAACUAAAGGACUUAAAAGUGAAAAAGGCCACUGGUUUGGAUGGGAUUUCGGCUCAGUUUUUGAAAGACGGUGUUUCGGUUAUCGCUCCCACUGUGACACCUCUUGUAAACUUAUCGCUCAGUACUGGAAUUGUUCCAUGUGAUUGGAAGAUGGCCCACGUCUUUCCUUUAUAUAUGUCGGGUGGACAUGAAAGUACGGACAACUACAGACCAAUCUCCAUAUUGCCGAUUUUGUCGAAAAUUAUUGAGAAAGCUGUCAAUGUUCAACUACAACGGAAUAAGUGUAGUGAACAAUUUAUCUUCUUCAAAGACGUAUCGGAUAUUCUAAAAGGUGCGAGAGUGGAACAAGAUCACCCAUUUAUAGUCGAUAUUAAUAUCAUCCUUGACCAUGUUUUAGAUGGGCAGGGCGGGAAUAGCAAAAGGAAAGAUUCUGGAAAAAUUGUCGAAGACAUGUCGGCUGAGCUUGAUUUAGUGGAAAUCUGGCGCAUAAGAAACCCAACAGUCACACCUUUUACUUGGCGUCAAAAGAAACCAGUCAUACAAAGGCGCUUAGAUUAUUGGCUCGUAAGCGAUAGUUUACAAGAUGAAAUAGAUUCAGUGGACAUUAAAACGUCAAUUAAGUCAGACCAUUCAGCAAUAACGCUCUCUAUAAAUGGUGUAGAUGAUCUUGAAAAGGACCUAACUUCUGGAAAUUUAAUUCAAACCUAGUAAAUGAUUCGGCUUAUUGUGAAUUUCUAACACUGAGUAUGCCAAUUGGCUGGAAGAAUUCAAAGACGUACAAGAUAAACGUGUCUUAUGGGAUUUAAUUAAAUACAAAAUUAGACAGCAAACAAUCAGAUACAGCAAAACUAAAGCCUGCAAAAGAAGAGCGAAACUACAAAACCAAGAGAAAGAUUUAAAGGAAUGUACGGAAAAAUGCGAUUCCGAUCCAAAUACAAAAACUCUGGAUGAACUCGAGUGUCUUUGUUCAGACGGAAUAUGAUAGUAUGCAUGAUUACAUCACACAAAGUGCGAUCAUUCGUUCUCGGGCAACUUGGUACUAAUUCGGCGAGAGAAAUAGAAAAUAUUUUUUUGAAUCUGGAAAACUCCAAUAAAAAGAAAAGCACCGUGCGGAAAGUCUUUAACAGGGAAGGAAAGUUAACUACAGACCCUAUACAAAUAAUGAAUGAGUGAGAAGUAUUUUAUUCUGACCUUUAUGGUGGUAGUACAAGUGUAGACACGGGGUCUUUUUCCUCAUUUUUAAGUCAUCUCAAUGAAAUUCCCUUCUGAGUAGAGGAGAAGAAAAACGUUUGUGAAGGCAAAUUGGGAUACGGAGAGUGUUACAAUGCUUUGCAGACCUUCCAAAAGAAUAAAUCACCCGGAAACGACGGCUUAACCAUUGAAUUUUACCUUGCUUUUUGGCCUGUGUUUGGAAGUUUGUUGGUGCAAAGUCUAAAUUAUGCCUUUGAGUACGGAGAACUUUCAAAUUCACAGAAACAGGCUGUUAUAACUUUAGUUGAAAAAAGAGGAAAAGGCAAAAGGCAAAUAAAGAAUUGGCGUCCAAUAUCUCUUAUUAAUGUAGAUGCAAGAAUAGCGUCCAAGACCUUGGCCAAGCGGUUGGAAAAUGUGCUACCUGAAAUAAUUCACUUUGAUCAGAGCGCCUUUGUCAAGGGGAGAACCAUCUUUGAUGCCAUCAGAACAACUGACGAUGUAAUUGAGCAUACGAUGAACAGAGAUAUAUCGGGGAUCUUAGUGGCAAUAGAUUUUGAGAAAGCUUUUGAUUUCCUCAAUUUUAGUUUCCUUGUAAGAGUCUUACACGCAUUUAACUUUAGUCCUUCUUUCAUUCAUUGGGUACGAGUCUUGUAUAAUAAGGUCUCCAGCUGUGUUAUGAAUAAUGAUUUUACUUCAGGACCUUUCUCUGAGUAGAGGGGUAAGGAAGGGGGAUCCUCUUUCUCCCUAGCUAUUAAGAUAGGAAACGAUAAUAACAUUCAAGGUAUUAGAAUAGGGGAAAAAAUAGUUAAACUCACUCUUUUUGCGGAUGAUAUGACCUGCUUCAUUAAAGACAUUAGGUCUUACUCAACCCUAUUCGAAACCCUGAGGGCUUUCAGAGCGUUUUCAGGGUUAAAAGUAAACAAGGAUAAAACCGAAGCAUUAGCGUUAGGAAAUAGUGGAUCUUUCUGGGAAGGGCAUUUGGUCGUGAAUAAUCUUUGUGACAUCAUCAAGAUUCUAGGUGUUUAUUCUGGUGGCGACGCUAAAAAAAGAGAAGAACUGAACUUUUGGAAGACUCUGGAAUCAAUUAAGAAAACAAUUAACUUAUGGAAAUGGCGAGGCCUUUCUCUAAUAGGCAGGAUACAAAUUGUUAAAACCUUUGCUAUCCCUAAGUUUAUGUUUAGAGCAUCGGCUAUUUCAGUCUCUAAGGAUCUCGUGAAAGAAGCUGAAUCGAUCUUUUAUCAUUUUAUCUGGAACGGAAAGGAAAUAUUUCUCUGCCAGCUUUCUAUAGGCAAUGUCUGGUUGCAUGGUUACAUCUAUCGGUCCUUUAUGGCCAAAAAAACAAACAGCACCUACCGCUAAAGAGAAGCUAUCUGCAAAGUAUCAUCAUUUAACUAUUGACUGGAAAAGAGGUUACUUAUUUUGUUUCCGCACAACAUUAGAAACACAACUUAGAGAAUUUCAGUUCAAUAUAUUAAGCCGUAUCGUAUUUACGAAUAAGAAACUUUUUCAUUUUGGUAUAGCUGAAUCAGAUAAAUGUGUUUUCUGCCAAACUGAGGUCGAAUCCAUCGAGCAUUUAUUUUUUUCCUGCAAAAUAUCCUCUAAUUUUUUGGAAACACGUCUUGUCCUGGCUAAGAGACAACAAUAUUGUUGUUGAGAAUUUAAAAGAAGAGGAUAUAAUCUUCGGUAAAUUUGAUGUUGGAGAUGAUUUCCUUCUAGUUAAUCAUAUUUUAUUGCGUGGGAAGUACUACAUUUAUUCACAAAAAUGUCAAAAAGGUAUGCCCUCCCUUCAGGGGACCAUUGCUAGGACUGGACUUGUUUACAACCAUGAACUUUACAUCGCCAGGAAAAGAGGCACAUUAAAUAAACAUCUUAGUAAGUGGGAAAAGUUAAUCAAUAUAAUGUGAUCAAAUUAAAAAUUAAAUAUUGUACAUAAUUAUAAAGAUAAAUACUUUCUAUCAACUAGGAUAUUGUCUGCUGUAAUAGUUUUUCUUUUUUUGUCUUUUCGUUUUGUUUGUUUGUUUGUUUUUUCUUUUUACUUUAAGUGUACUCUGUAAAAUGAAAACUUCAAAUAAAAAUUAGUAAAUUCCAAAAAAAAAAAAAAAAGAAAGAAAGAAACUACAACGGUACUACAGAUGGUUGGCCUUUUGAGUCCAUUUCAGUCAGGGUUCACACAACACCAUUCAACAGAGAGUGCUGUGAUCUAUUUCACCGAUGAGAUAAGAGUAAGUGCAGAGUUAGGAAAGUUAACAGGUGCUCUGUUUAUAGAUCUAAGGAAGGCCUUUGAUUCUGUGCCGCACAAUGAACUGUUAUCCAAAUUGAAAAGAUUUGCUUUGGAAAAAUUCAAUUAAUCGGUUUACAAGCUUUCUAUCUGACAGAUUUCAAACUGUCUCCCUGGAUAACGAGCUGUCGAGUCCAUUAGCUGUCCUAAGUGGAGUGCCUUAAGGGAGUAUCCUUGGUCCGGUUUUAUUUACGCUGUAUAUUAAUGAUCUACCUAUCUGUGUUAAUGUCUGUAAAGUUAUGAUGUAUGCUGAUGACACAAUUUCUUUUUCUCAGCUGCACAAAUAUCGGAAAUUGAGUUACAGUUAAAUUUGGAACUUAUUAAUCUGUCCGAGUGGCUGUCUAUAAAUUAACUGAUUGUGAAUUUAAAGAAGACUGAGUUCAUGGGUUUUGGCAUCCACCAGAGACUAUGUCACCAAGACGUCGAUGGGGCUCAUAUAGAGUUGGGAGGAAAAUCUGUGAAACAUUGUGAUGCCUUUAAGUGCCUAGGCGUAGUUUUGGGCAAAAGUCUUCCCUUUCAUUUGCGUAUUGGCUAUGUGAAGAAGAAAGUUUUUAAAAGACUGGGGAUGUUCUCAAGAAUUAGAUCGUCAUUAACAACUGAAGCAUCGAACCGAUUCUUUAAAUCAAUGAUACUACCAAAUUUGGAUUACUGUUGUUGCCCGUUGUGCUUGUUUGUGUUUUCAUGGCUGUGGUAAAGGAAAUGAAGAAGAAUUGGAACGCCUGCAGAGACGUGCUGCUAGGAUAGUGAUAAAGAUAGUGCAUUUCUGAACUGAAGAUAUGGCUUCCGGCCUUGAUUGGGACCCUCUUAACACGAGAGGGGAGAAACAUAUCGUCAAGCUUGUCAAGAAUUAAUUGUCUUGAUGGACAAGCUACAAGUUAUUUCUCAGAUAAUUUUCGACAGCGAACUUAUGAUAUUCAUGACUAUUACACUAGGUCUAAGGAUAAGUUAUCAAUUGAUAAAGUCAAUCUCGAGUUGACUAAUAGAGCCCUUUUUAUAAGGGGACUACCUUUUUUGUAUGUAGUUUUGUUCAUAAAGAGGCUACCCUUUUUAUUGAUUAUACGUAAUGUAUCCCAGUUUCGUAUAUAAUUUGUUUGUUUGGUUGGUUGUUUUUUAAUUAAGUUUUUAUUUAUUUAUUCAUUUAUUUUUUAUACAGGACCCAUAUUGAGAGCAGUUUUUAUAACUGAAAUGGUCAUCCUGUUUAAAGAUGUUAUUGUUAUUAUUAUUAUUAUUAUGAUUAUUAUUAUUAUUAUUAUUAUUGCUAUUACUAUUAUUAUUAUUAUUAUUAUUAUUAUUAUUAUUAUCAUCAGUAUUAUUAUUAUUUACAAAAUUUUCUUAUGCCCGUUCUCUCUUUUUCAGGUGGUCAUUCGGAAUUGUUCUAUGGAAGGUUUUUACAAUAGGUAACUGAGGAACAAUUGCACCUAUAUAUAACUUACUUUUAGGGACAAAAAUAAGUAUUGUGAUGGUUAAUACACAAUCCUAAAAUAUAUUUUACAGGUGACUCGCCGUAUCCCGGUUUCAAUGACACGCAGACGGUGUCUAUGCUUGAAAGAGGAUAUCGGAUGCAACGUCCAAUCCAUAUUUCUGAGGAACUGUGAGUAAUUUAGUAUUAUAGCAACCUGAAAAAAGCGAUAACCCUCAAUUCCUUUCUGAGAGUGUGAAUUGUGGUUGUCAAUCGAUUGAUUAUUAAAAGGAUGGAUUGAUACGGUGAUGGAUCGAUUCAGUCGAUGGACUUAAUGUUUGGUGAUAUUAAUAGAUAGAUCUUCUUUUCAUCUUAUUUUAUGUUAUUUUUGUUUUCAAUGAGAAGGUAAAUCGCCGAGUAAAUAGUAAAAAGAAUUUCAAGGGUGAUAAUUAUCGUGUUUUCCAGGUUUUCCAUUAUGUCUGAAUGCUGGUCUGAGAAACCUGAAGAACGUCCGACUUUCAAGUGGAUCUGCAGUGCUGAUAAUAGGCUGAUAAAAGAUACUAAGGUAGAGAAAGCGAUUCGUUCCUUUCAAUAGCCUUUCUCCUUUAGAGUCCAAGGGCUAGUGUCAAGUUGAUGUCUCGCAGAGAAAAUAAAGGGUAGGCCAAAACCAACCUCUAAAAGAUGGACAGAACCAUGCAAGAAUUACAGGACUCUUGCCCCCCCAGACGACACGUGGUAUGGCGUGAUUCUGUGGGUGUUGAGGGUUCUAGGUCAGGGAUUAAAUCAUAGUGCGCGGAUAUUUUUCAUCAGAGCGGCUUUCUUCUGGUUGUUGCGCCAUACUGACGAGCCCCCCAAAGGGCGAAACAGCUGUCUAUGGCUACAAUCCCGCUCUGUUUUCAAUUCUUUCGGUGUCGUGUUGAUGUCUUGCAGAGUUAAUUUUCGCGUAGUACGAUCAGCAUUGCAGUGUUUUGCUUGCAGAAUUUAAUAUGUCUACUUGUCAUUUUUGCUGAUCAGGUCUUUAUAGAUCCUACGUUCUUCGGCAUAUUCGUUUGCGGUCCUUUGCAGUCCAUUGUGGUUAAUGUUUGUAUGUUUCCUGAAGUGCGCCCACCACCAAAUCUAUUAGUCUUGAAGCCAUUUUCAUUGUCGUCCCCGUUUAGCUUUACACGAUUUAUUUUUAUUUUUUUUUGUUUACACGUAUUAUUAACCAGAGGUUCGCUUUUAGCCCUGGCUAAAUCUAUAUAUUAUUAUUAUUAUUAUUAUUAUUAUUAUUAUUAUUAUUAUUAUUAUUAUUAUUAUUAUUAUUAUUAUUAUCUUUACUUUAAUUUAUUUUUUUUAUCAGCUAAAGUAAAAAACUUUUUCUUUUGUCAGUAUAUAAACGGAAGAUACUUAUUCUUGAAUAACAUAUUGUGCUUAUUUUGUUAUUAAAACAGACUUGCAUCGACCUGGAUGGGUACAAUGAUGCUGAUUACGUCAACUUUGAUAUGGCUGAGGGAGUUCAGUGA